AUGAGUAUUUCAUCAAGCAAGCAAUUGAUUUUAUCAACGUAUCGGCAAAUAUUAAAAGAAAUUAACAAACAGUUCACAAAUCAGAAUAAUAAUCAAUUAUGGAGAAAAGAAGCAAUAAGCACGUUUCAACAAUAUCGUAAUUUAUCAAAUAAGGAAGAAGUUGAAAAAUUAACUCAAGAUGCACAAGAUUUGUUAUGUUUCUUGAAAAGUAACCGAAAAUUCGAUGAACUCUUGAAAUCUUACAAUCCAGUUCAUGGAUAUUCCGAAGAAAAACGCAUUGAGUUAACGGCUAAAAGAGUUGGUUUAAAAUUACCAAUAACGAUAACGGAGAAAAAAAAAUUAACACAAAUUACUAAAGAUGAGAAUCUUUAUACUGAAAGCGAUGAGG